UAUGUAAAAAGCUGUUGGUGGGCCCAUGGCCCAUGGGAGCUGCCUUUAUAAGCUUCACUCAUGAGCGCGCGAGCCUUCCCUUACAACUUCUUGCUUUCAAUUGAAAUUAAAAAAAAUUCAUUUUAUUUCGCGCAAAAAUGGGAUUAAUUUAGAUGAAUUAAAAUUUUGAAAUGACGGAGAUCUGCUGCGGAGUAGUGAGCGAGAGUGACACGUCAUCGAAUCCGUGCGAGCAGAGCUCACGUGCCGCAAGGCGGAGGAGGAUGGAGAUCCGACGGUACAAAUUCGUUUCCGGCGUGGCCUCACCGCCAGAAAAUGCCGAGAAACGCAAGAAAGUCGAGGCCUGCCCUACGUCGGUUUCUCGCGACCUGGACAACGCCUUGGAGUUUUCCGGCUCUUCCGACGAAGAGAAAGUCGUUGCGAGCCUGAAGAUUUCGGCCAAGUGCCGGCCGUCCACUUCAUCGAACAUUCCAGAAGCUUCCAGUGAGCUUCCGAAGUACGGAUUGGCUUCCGUUUGUGGAAGACGACGAGAUAUGGAGGACGCGGUGUCCAUACACCCAUCGUUUUGCCGACGCAACCGAGAAACCGUCGGGAAAUUGCAUUACUUCGGCGUCUACGAUGGCCAUGGCUGCUCUCAUGUGGCGACGAGAUGUAAAGAGCGGUUACAUGAGCUGGUGAGAGACGAAGUGGAGAGCAUGGAGGAGUGGAGGACCGCCAUGAAGCGAAGCUUCGUGCGGAUGGACAAGGAGGUGGUUGCGUGGAGCGAAGGUGGCGGUGGAGUGAGUCAUUGCCGCUGCGAGCUUCAAACGCCCGAGUCCGAUGCCGUUGGAUCCACGGCCGUCGUCGCUGUCGUCACUCCCGAUAAGAUCGUUGUUGCCAAUUGUGGCGAUUCUAGGGCCGUGCUCUGCCGAAAUGGCAAGGCUUUUCCUCUUUCAGUUGAUCACAAGCCGGAUCGUCCGGACGAGUUGAAGCGGAUCGAGGAGGCGGGUGGCCGGGUCAUAUACUGGGAUGGUCCACGGGUUCUCGGAGUUCUCGCCAUGUCAAGAGCCAUAGGUGACAAUUAUUUGAAGCCGUACGUGAGCUGCGAGCCGGAGGUGACGAUCACGGAUCGGACGGCGGAGGACGAGUGUUUGAUAUUGGCGAGCGAUGGCCUGUGGGACGUGGUGUCGAAUGACACGGCGUGUGGGGUGGCGAGAAUGUGCCUGAGGGGGAAACGACUUGCGGCAGCGGCGGCGGAGACCGAUGGGUCAUCGGCGGCGUCGUCGGACAGGGCGUGCUCCGACGCUUCGAUGCUGCUGACGAAGCUGGCAUUGGCCAGGCACAGCACUGACAACGUGAGCGUGGUCGUGGUGAAUCUGAGGCGCAACACGUGUCCUUGAAUUUAGGGUUUUAUUUUGGGGUUGGAAGUUUAGGUUUGGGUUAGGUUUGGUUAAUCCUAUUGGGUCUGGUAAUGGGUCAUGGGGUUUUUGGGGAAAUGGUAAAAGUGGAGGGGUCUGUUUGGCAAUGGUAAUGGGUCAUGAUCAGCAAAGUUGCGUUUUGAAUGGAAAAUCUGUUUCCUAAAAGCCCAACGUAAGUUUAGUGGAUUCCAAAAACGGGGUAAGAAAAUGUAGUUUUUCUAAGCCGAAAAGCUAUAAAAAAGGUUUGGUGUUUUAUCAAGUGAAUAUGGUGGUAUUAUUGA